AAGGGAUUGAUUGAUUUUUGUUUAGCCGGUGGUGAAAUAAAUGUUUAAUGCUUUUAUUAUAAUUUUAAACCAUAAAAUAGGCGAACAGUGAACUCUUAAUGAAGAAUUAGACUUCUGCUUUAACAAAAUGAAGUCUUAUAUCAUUGCAUUUGUGUUUUUCAUUCAGCAAUUCCAAUUCAUAUCGGCUAGCGAAGGCGACCGAUCGCCUUUUUAUCAAAAGUGCGUGGUAAACUGUAAGACAGACUUCUGCGAUAAAGAUGGUUCAUCAUUUAAGACAAGUGUAGUAGAUGAGCUCAGCAUCUGGAGCCGGAUGAUGUGGAACUGUGGGGACGAGUGCCGCUACAAGUGCAUGUGGCGGACUGUCCAGGGCUUCCAGGAGAGAGGAUACGCUAUACCAAAGUUUCAUGGCAAGUGGCCUUUCGUGCGAGUGCUCGGCAUCCAGGAGCCAGGGUCUGCGCUGGCGUCGCUGCUGAACCUCUUGGCGCACGUCUACAUGCACUUGGAGAUCAAACGGCGAUUCACUAUCAGGAGCGCUCCACUUGUACUCUUCUGGCAUGUCUUUACUGCUGUGUGUGUGAAUGGAUGGGUGUGGUCCACAAUAUUCCACACCCGGGACAACCCCUUCACGGAGUUUAUGGACUACGCGUCCGCCUUGUCUAUGGUCAUGGCGCUAUUCAUCGCUGCUAUCGUUCGGGUAUUCCAUAGAAGGAGAAAGAUGACCAUAUUCAUGUUGGUUCCGCCAUUCAUGUAUUAUAUUGACCACGUGCGGUACCUGUACUCGGGGAACAUAGACUACGAGUACAACAUGAUGAUCAACGUUGUUUUUGGCUCAGUUGGCUCUCUAAUGUGGCUGGGAUGGGCAGUUCUCCAAUACCUGGCGGGCCGUAGGCACGCGUGGCGCGUCGGCGUCUUCACGCUGCUGUCGGGCGCGGCGCUGUCGCUGGAGCUGUUGGAUUUCCCGCCCAAGUACAACACGUGGGACGCGCACGCGCUGUGGCACCUCGCGACUGUGCCGCUGCCGCUGCUGUUCUACCGGUUUGUCAUAGACGACCUGUACUUCUUGCAAGGGUCGAGGGUAUCCGAGAAAAGUGAUUUUAACAAACUGACUUAAAUACAUUAGUAAUUCUUCUAGUCAUGCAAUGUAUUUUAAUAUUAAACAGUAAUGUAUUUUGUGCAAUAUUUAUAAAUUAAAUUAAAAUUAAGACCAA